AUGCUCCUCUCCGAACGUCGCACAUUGCUCAACUCCCGUGGGUACACGUACUCCUUCAUCUACGUGCCCGCGCGGGACGGCAAGCCGACGCUCCUCUUCCUGCACGGCUUCCCCUCGCACGCCGACGACUGGGAGCGGCAAGCCGGCCACCUCGCGCCACUCGGCUACGGCGUCGUCGCCCCGGACCUGCUCGGGUACGGGGCCACCACCGCGCCGGCCGCCGUGGCGAGCUACACUUUCAAACGCAUGAGCGACGACGUCGUCGAGAUCCUGGACCACCUGCGGCUGCCCGCCGUCGUCGGCGUCGGGCACGACCUCGGCGCCCAGUUUCUCGGCCGUCUCGCCACGUACCACCCGACGCGCCUCCGCGGCCUCGUCUUCCUGGCGGUCGGCUCGGGCCGCCCGGGCCGCCGGUUUGACGUCGACGCCAUCCAGCAGGCGACCGAGAAAGCGGCCGGCUUCGCCAUGUUUGGGUACCUGUCGUGGCUCGGCGGCGACGAGGACCCGCACGCCGUGCUCGAGGCGCACGCGCCGUCCGUCAUGAGCCUGCUCUUCGCCGCCGACCGCAGCGCGUGGAACACGCACCUCCACCCGGUCGGCGCCAUGCGGCAGUUUGUCACCGCGGACAGGAAAAUCCCCGUCGGGGCAUGGUACACCCCCGCGAUGCAGCAGGCUCACUUGGCCGUCUUUGCCGCCACGGGCGGGUACAGCGGCGCGACGCGCUGGUAUCGCAUGCUGGUGACGAACGCCUCGCUCGAGGAGGAGCAGGCGAUUGCCGGGGCGACGCUGGAGCAGCCGAGCGUCAUUGUGGCGGAUGCGCAGGCGAUGUCGGCGCAGAGGGGCAUGCUGGCCGAGUGGGUGCCCGACCUGACGGCAAAGGAGCUGGACAGUGGGCAUUGGCCGCAUAUUGAGUGCGCGGAGCAGGUGAAUAGGAUUAUCACCGAAUUUGUCAAUGCACUGUAG